GAUCUUUCUAUAUUUCUUCUAUUAUCCGAAUUAUGACUGUGUGAUGUUGAGCGGUGAUAGCUGCUCCAUAGUUUGUGUGCAAUCAAGCAUUCGGAGUCGCCACAAGAGGAUACGAAAAAGUGAAGCGCCAUCUACAUUGAGUAUCGCCAUCAUGGUUGAAUGUGGCUUUAAUGCCCUUGUGCCGGCCCUUAUAUUCUCUGUUAACAAGGUAUCCUAUCAGUGAACGCUAGAUCAAACUGACACAUUAAAUAGCUCCAAAUCUUGCGCCGCCUUUCGAUUGGGCCUUUGGAUGUCGGCGACAU